AUGCUCCUUGUUGUUCCAAGGCGUUCAGGACACCCCACAUCAACUUAUGAUUCCCGUUGUUCCAGCUCCGUUGGUCCUAUAAAUUCCUGCACACCAGGGCCUCAUCAAUCAGCUCCUGCCGAUGUCUGCGGUUAUCUGACUGCAGCCUACUCUAACGGCCAACCACAACGCAACAAAUCAAUUUCCAGUCAAACGAACCUGUUGCGACAGGUCAGCCAGCCCUCCCUCGGACUAUCAACCAUUCGCUUUGGCUCAUUGGUCCAGCCUAAAAGCAGUGUAGACUCGCCCGAUCGAGGCACCAAGCGAGAAGUGAGCUAG